AUGUCCUGGAAUACAAUCUAUAGGGCACACCUUGCGCAAAUACCCUAUCCUGACGUAUUAGCAACGACCAAAGACGGCCGUGCCUUUGGCGCUAUGAUCUGGGGGAUCAACGACAUCUCGUUUUCGGCGUCCUUUGCAAGUAAGCGGCAGGGGGGGCAGCUCGGAAUCUGGUUCCGGGUUUCCAUUUUUGACAUGACCAACAGACUCAUUGUAGGGAAUGAGCUUGUCUCCAAAAUUGCCCGUAGUCCAUCCUUGACCGAUGACGGAGCGUACCGGGAGCUUUCGUCGCCUAUGCCUUACGUGUUUGUCACUCACGUCCCGCCAGAGCAUGGGCUUCUCAUCCAGCUCUGCGCUAUCAUAUACACCGGUGAGACCCGCGUUAUAGAGUCCCACCCCUCCUGCUUCGUACCUGAACUAGCCAAUAACGUGGUAGUUCAGGAUGAAAUAGUCUUGGGGUGGACUCUAUUUCGCUAUGAGGACAAGGGGAUACGCAGAAUAGAGUCACUCCUAGCAGAGACAGGUGACACCGCUGUUUUUGAGCAGCAAUUAAUUCGUGGAAAUCCUGCAGACUUGUUUAACGAUAGCCAUGACGUCCUUUCUAUCCUAUCCAGAAAGAGUAAGGGGAGCAGGAAGGCGCCCUUUCUCCGCUACAUCCUAUUUAAGUAUAAACAGCGGGACCUAGCCAUUCCCGAUACUCCGCGUUAUGUCAUCCCCUUCUUCUCACUCAUUGACGCAGUUCAUUGUCCUCCUAUCUUUGCCCCUCGAGGAAAGGUCAGGCUUCAGAGUCGGCUAGACUGCAUAGAAGUCCCAGGGACUCUCCUGGACUCUCCAGAUCGCACAGAGAUGAUCCGCUUAUCAGUUGACGCAGCAGCAGCGUCGGUUGCACGCUUCUAUGACUUCAACAGCUGCGAAGGGCCUCAGAGCCCGCAUGCGUCUAGAUCCGGAGCAUGCGUGGGAGCCCUUCGGAUGGUUGAGACGUACGCAUUUGAACAGCACAUAAAAGAGUGUAUUGCACAGCUUCUGGCUCCAAAGUUGGCGGAUAGAGCAGGCCAUGACGUGGAUGAGAGAAGCAUUCGUAUUCACAUUUUGGGGUACACUAUUAAGAUCCUCCCCCACGACGGAUUUCAGCCCAUGGCAGACGCUCCCUACGAGAUUCCCCUGGGCUGGAUAGCAGAGGGAGGGCGCAGAUCUGCAUCCAGAAGGCAUCGUAAGAAAAUGAGCGCGCCGUCUGACGCCAGCAGGACAUUAAUGGAAUCCCAAAAGGGCGCUCUUUACGACAUUUCAUCGCGACAAGUUUCCUCCGAAGCAAUGGCUCGGACAGACCUCAAAUAUGAUAUGAGUAGCAUUCUGCAUGCAGACUCCAGAUCCAAGAAGAAGCAAUCACACAAGAAGGUUGGCCAUCGGCCUAUAGCUGUGCAGAUGCAUGCGGGGCUUGUUGUCGCCAUCUGCGUCACAAUAUCAAUUGGCCUAAAUACCACGGGUCACAAGGACAUCUUCUUGCCACGCUGUGAGUUCUGUUUAGGCUGGGGAGCUAUCGACGUGCUUCCUGCUUUAUUCAGCUCCCAAACAAAAAGCGUCCCAUGCACGAUUCAGCUUAAAACAGAAGACGAGUUCACUGUGGGUGUUCCGGGAAUUAACCUGCCGAUUCUUAAUUGUAACAAGGUCACACGGAUUGACAUUUGGGCCAAGGAUGAUGACAUAAUUGAGCGAUCCAAGCACGCAAAGCACAGAGCGCAUUCGCGAUCUACUUCCAAUGAUGCUCAUGGACGCGAACGAAGCUGGUCCAGAGUGCGAAGUUCCUCGCAAAAUAGAGUAGAUGCAAAGGCGCGGUCUGCUCAGAGGUCUGCAAGCAGGUACUCAGACACAAGGUCGGCCUCAGAGUCCUACACUGAAGUGUCAUCUACUAGUGAUUCCGAAUCUGAUGGUGGAUACAGCCAUACGAUGAGUGGAUCUACCAGCAUGAUGGAUUGCUUCUAUGAAUACAUAUGUCCGGUUGUCUCGCUUUCAUUCCAUCUCACAAAGGAAGAGGAGACUGCAUCGGCGACAAAUCGCAGCUCUCCGAGGGUGCAGGCAAUUGCAGAAUCGACGAAAAAAGUCGAGGAUUCUCUCGGGCCCAGCGUUGUCCUAAAUUCUCCGCAACAGACAUCCAGGCUUGACUCAGACAGUGACUCAGACUAUAUAACCCAGACUCCCACAGUAAAGCAGAGGAAGGUCCAAGGAAACGAUUCGGUUGAAUCACUAAUUAAGCUUUCGUCAGCGCCAAAUACAAGCGAUCCCUUGGACGGGUCCCUCGGUGAGGUGCCUGAAGACAUCUCUGACCAAACAGAUGGCAGACCGAUAGAUAAGAAUAGCUAUGUGUUAGAAGCAUCCAGCAGCCCUGAGCGCAUUGAGCGAGACCGUCGCUCUGAGCACUCGCACCGCUCAUCGACCCCUUGUAGCAGGGACUCCACUGUGCCCCAGCACCUCCCGCCCAUUGGCUUCGAGGCUCAAAGUCGAGGGUCAGGACCACACACCCAGAAGAAGAGCAAGUGUACAGACGAAGGAGGCGCUAGUCAAGCGAGCAGGGAUACCGCGUUACAGAUGACUGCAAACUUAGAGCAGACGUUGACGCAGAUCCGAGCAUACGACCCCCAGACCUAUAGGAAGUAUAAAAACUAUUCUGAAACACGAGUCCUCGCUAUUUCUCCUCUCCAGACACGUCUCAACGGGAUAGGCUUCAUACACGCAUUGUAUCACGGUUCCGGAGGCGAUAUGCAAGAGGUCUAUGGGGAAACCAUUAACCUUUCUGAUCUCUCUGGUCCAAAAAAUGUCUCUCCAUAUUACUUGUCAACCCCGGCUCCAUUGUCCUCUCAGUUGAUUGGCUGUACCAUUUCCCUCUGUGUCUUGACUUAUGAUAGCACACUGGAUCUUGACCAGCUCAAGGCCCGAGCCUACGCCGUUGCAUCGUGUUACGUUUCAUUCCAAAAGACUCGAGGAGGAUCUAAAAGCGCAAAGAGGGCGUACUAUGAUCUCUAUGGCUACACACUUAUUAAUGAGCAGGACUUUAGUGAUCACAUACUUCAGUACAAGGAAAAUCUCUCCUUCCAGGUAGAUCUGCGGUCCGUCCAUGCCGAUAGCUUCUUUGAUUUGGCGCGAGAGCCGGAGUUCACCCUCGAGAUCAACGUGAAACUGAAAACUAUGGAGGAAGCGCACUCCCCGGUGGUGAACGACAUUCCAAACUUACGCUGGGAAGAAUAUAAGGUUCUUGAAGACACGACCACGGUCACACUAGACCCCAAGCGACCGGAAAGCAAACCCAUUUCUGUGGACGGCCACACUCUAGACCUGCUCGGCACUCAGCGGGACAUGACAUUGGUAAGAAAAGCUCUUCCGGAUAAGAGGCACGUAACAAGGUCUGAACUUGUUUCCAUCCUGGACAACUAUCUGGCUUACGUAGAAAAGGAGAACAGCGCCUUUUAUACUGCGGAGAGGCUAACGCAGAUGUCAAUGCGCGCCUCGCAGAUCUUACAGCAAUAUGUGUCCAUAUAUCCGCAUUACACAGGCUCUGUGUGCCUUUUUCCUGGCUUAGAAAGCUACGAGCGCCGUUACCACGCCAAUGACCGCCUCGUUGUGUCGCUGAUCUCCCCGAUGCCCUCUCAAUUGGCGCGGCUGGGGUUGCAGCUGGACUAUAAAGCUAAUGAUUUGUACUUCCUGCAAACUGGUGAGCCAGGCGGACAGAUAAAUAUUAGGAACAGGCCCCACUGGAUGCGGAUUAGUGAGCAUGAGAUACACCUUCAGCUGGCCAAUCCUCACCACAUCGACCAAAUACUUUCUCCCUAUAUUGUCGUCUCCUCGUCCAGUCCAGAGGUCUUUAUCAGGUCCACUCAGAUUCAGCUAGUCUUUCUUCUAGAGUACAUCAAGAAGGGCAUAAAGAGGACAGGAACGCCGCUGACUAGCGUGGUAAAUGUCAACUGCCAUCCGUAUAUGCCGCUGAUAACCAACUUGCGUGUGUGUUUGCCCCACGCAGUACCAAAGGAGUUGCAGAGCACAGUCUUUAAUGUGGUUUUUGGGGUCAAUACGCUUACGCGCGAGGUCUUUCUUGUGAGCCCAGAUUGCAACGGGUGCUAUAUUUCUCAGCAGGAGGUAGAAUAUUUGCAGGUACUUAGCGCCACCAGUGGGGCGGCCAAACAUAGAGUAGGCGAAUCUGCAAUCUAUGACGACGACGUCCUUCUGGAAAACAGCCACUUUUCUAGCGACAGCCAGACUCUGGAGUGUCGGGUUGUGCGGCUAGAUGCGCUUGAUGACCAGAUUCAUGGAAUUCAGGGGGACCUUGCCGGACCGUCGGUGCGAACACCGAAGCCGCGAUUGGCCAUCCUCCCCGGUGCGAACAGGACCUUCUGCUCGCUGCCUCAUAUCAUCAAGGCCGGCCUGGGAAGAGUCGGCGUUGUAUAUUUGGUGUGCAGCCUGAACAGGGAGCUGUUGCCCAUUUACUUCAGCGAGGGUAACAAUUACCAUGUCGUUGAGCUUUGGAAGGGGCAAUCUAUAGUUCUCAGGUUUGGCAUCACGUGGUCGAUGUACAGACACACAUACAGUGAGAUGAGUGCCGGAGUAUCCAUCCAGGCGCCCACCCAGCUCAUCUCCACUGAAGCAUCUCUUAUCAAUACGAUACCAAACGUCUACAACGGCUCCUUCUCGAUCCCCGGGCCGGGGGUGUACGUGCUGUCUCUCUUCCCCGCAGUUGGCGUAACAACUGCAAAUCCGUCGGCGCACAAAGGCAUAGUGUGUCUAAUAAAAGUGAAGGAGAUCCCAGAGAUCGCACAUAGGUAUAAGGUCACAGUUAAGGGGGUCGAGAACAAACGCUUUCAAUACAGUAACCAGGCAUCCAGGGGCCCGAAUGUGCAAAUGGAGAGGCCGUCCAUUACUAAGCUUCUUAGCGUGACGCCAGGGUCGGAGUCUGAGCCGGGGUCAGGGAUUGUAAAGUUCAGGUGCGGAAGGUGGAUAUGGUGCCGCCCGUACGAAACCACCGCGCGGGUAUUGGUCUAUAGCGCGGAGGACACACAGGCGCCCUAUGCGGUCCUAUUUUAUUUGCGAUUUGAAUAA